UUCUGGGGAGAGGGAGUAUCCUCGCGUGCACCUGAGCCUUUGAGUCACAGCAGAAGAACUGCUGCUGCUGCAAGUUUUCCCAGUUGAUUCUUAUAGAUAAUAUGAAUCUGCACCACGACGGUCCACGGAAACAUUCCUCCAUCGACGGCAUACCCUGGUGAGUUACGAGUAGAAUAGAAUAUGAAUUUGAUUCAGGUAGCGUCUAGGCGGUUUUUGGGAGAGUGAAUAAAAAUAUGGCACAGGACUUUGGUUGGGAGUCCCGUAUCAGAAGAAAACAAGAGCAUGCAAUGAAUUCGCGACAGAGACAACGUUGGUCUCUCAUGACUGUGCUGUAUUUGAUUAUACGCUAUAUUGGAAUACCAUAUUCUGUUGUUUAUCUUCUGGCAACUAUGCCAUCGGUAUCGCUGACAGAUGCAGUAAGCACUAUCACGUACUACACAGAGAGUGUGAUAAAUCUAGUUGUAAUUGCCAUGUUGGGCGUGAUCAUGAUUGCUCGGUUGCAUGCCAUGUAUCAGGGAUCUAGAAAGAUGCUUAUGUUCCUUGUUAUUAUCUUCCUGGCUGUAAACAUCCCCUACGGAGUGAUCCUGGUAAUAGGACUCGACAAUACUGUAGGGGAGGAGCUGAUACUCUCUGGCAUCCAUAUGUGCGCUUUUGAACUUGAAGGGAACGGGCAGCUUCUGCUUUCAAUGUUUUGGGUGCUCAACACUGUUUGGGAGGUCAUCGCAUUGUCUCUUUCAGUCUGGAUUGCAGUGAAACACUUCCGUGAGCUGCGACGAUUCGGCCCAUCGACAGGAUCGACUAUCGGGGACUGUUUCAGAGUCCUGAUACAAUCUCAUGUUCUAUAUUUUGCAAGCGUUGCUGGUGUCUCUUGCUUCCAGCUUAUUGGUCUCUCUCCAGAACUCUUGGUGCGCUGACCUGUUGCUGAUAUCUGCGUGCAACCACUGCUCAUCAUUUCUGU